UGUUCAAUUAUAGUCCGAGAUCAAGUUUAAAUGUUAUGCCUAAUUCAAAGGAUUACACUGCAGAUCACUCUGAUUUUUGGCAAUCAUGGCCAGGAGAUAUUCAGUUCCCUCAAUGGGAUUGUUUUGAAGAAGACAACCAAGAGAGCUUUCAAAAGAAUUUACUGCUCAAAAAGCAGGAUGAAUGACUAGAAAAUGCAGAACUUCUAAAUUUUGCACCUUGUGGUCAUGAAGAAGGAGAACUUUUGAAAAAUAAGGUUUCAGAGAAAAAUCUGAAGACUACUGAAAACCAAAAGUAUAACGAGGAGAUAUCAGCUAGUCCACCAAUCUCUGAGAUUAAGCAGAAAGAUGCUAACCUAGAUAACUUAACACAGGAGGCUAGUUUAUGAGCGCCUAAUUUAAGGUACAAGGGAAACAAGAAUUCGCAUAAGAAGGGAAAAUUUGCUGAUAGGGCUGAUGUCAUCAACAAAACAAUUAUGCGCAGUAUCAAGCGCUACCUAUGGGAACUUUAUAUCUCUGAGCUUGAGGAGCCUCCCAGAAGAGUGCUGAAAUCUAAUAAAGAGUACUAUUUUUAUCUUGAAAAGAUGUUCAAAAAGUACUUUUUAGACAUUUUCAAGAAUAAAUAUGGGGAAUCUGAAAUUUUGCAAGAAAAGGUCAAGCAAGUCUUCUCCUUGAUGAUGACUCUGGACUAUAAUAUUCCAGCCAAAACUCCUUUCUUUGUUAGUUUGAAGAGGAGAGUGAAGAUCAUCAUGAAGAAGUACUCUAUUUUUCAAUACACCCAAUUUUUUAAAGUGGAAGGAGUUCUUGAGUUCUUUGAAAUUUUGAAAAAAUCAGGAAUCACCGAGAAAAUAAUCCAGUCAUAUCCUAAAUUGUCCGAUUCAAGAGAAAAAGUAGAAGAAAUUCUUACACGAUAUGCUAGCAUUAAGAGAGAUGAAUAA